AUGACUUCUACGGCAUCGCCACCUCCAUCGCAGCAGGAUGAUUCUGCGUCCAAUUUAGCGGUCUUGCCUCCCAUCGUCACGGACGCCACUGUCAAGCGACCCAUUCGUCAGCGAUCAUCCUCGUAUGCGAAAGACCGUCUUUCCACGCUUUCCAACGUUUCCCUUGCCUCUAAAAACCGGUCGCGUCCCGGUUCGCAUGUUUUCCCCGUCUUCCAUUCCAGCUUGCCGUAUGCUCUAGUGCGAGAUUUCGCAUACCCAUCAAUCCAUCCUCUACACUACGGUCCAUUGCCACCACGUGCGUCUGGGGUGUCAACCCCGGUGAGUGAGCAGCGACGCCUGUCCGACCCUCCGGCUCCGUGGGAUAGCUCGCGGGGACAGUGGUCAACUGGGCCAUGGAGCACCGACCACAGCUACGGACACCAACAACUCCCUGCUAUGUCGUUCGGUGACGGUCCACCAUAUAGCGAGGAUGAAGACCUCCAUAGUCCGGUGUUUUCUGCACCUCGCCAUCGGAAGAACAAGUCUACGGGCACGGACCUGAAUGGUGGGCGAAAAAGGAGCCCUAGUCGCCAGGAGGCCACAGACUAUUUGGGAGAUACUGAUCGCGGGAUGUAUGUCAGCACGAACGCGGAUGGUAGCGAAACAUACUAUGUGAACGACGAAGAUGAAAUAGAUGACGGCCCUGGCGGCGAGUACGUCACAUACCCGGUAAAUGAGAGCCGAUACUCAUAUGCGGGGACCUAUGGGAACUAUCCGGGCUAUGGCCCUGACGUGGAAUAUGAAUCGGAAGAUGGGUAUGCUGGUGAUCGGUACAAUGGCGACUUCCAGUUUGCCGUAGGAUGUCCGGAUGAAGAAAUGCACGGAAAAGCGGUUGCACUUUUCGACUUCACUAGGGAACACGAAAACGAACUUCCCCUGACAGAGGGCCAAGUAAUCUUCGUCUCUUACAGGCAUGGCCAAGGUUGGCUUGUUGCGGAGGACCCGCGGACCGGGGAAAGUGGCUUGGUGCCGGAAGAAUUUGUUCGGCUGCUCCGGGACAUUGAAGGGGGACUGACAUCGUUGAACGGUGAUCCGGACUUAUUGGACGGCGCUCAUCCUAACCACGAUUCAACCGAAUACCACCAGGUGAUGGCACCAACUCAGGAUGACCACCCAAGCUAUGUCGCUAAUGGCGAGAAGAAGGAUGACAAGGAGCCAGGGGUUGAUACAGUGAAGCAAAUUACGGAGAAAACACAGCAGGACAGGCAGCAUGUCGCCGUUCCGAUGAAGACGUGA